AUACAGACAUUAAAUCUGUGUACGUGCCUUAGAACAAAGUUGUCUGUGUGCCCAAGUGCGUUGUUAUUGUGUAUAUUUUUGGCAUCAUUAAAUUUUGAGUCGGAUCUAUUUGGCUAUCAUUAUCAUACACGGUAGCUAUGUGCAGAGAGCAUAUGUAAUUACGACAAUGGACAAGAAGUACAAGAGACUAGAGAAGUUAGAUGAAGAAGGAGUCGUGACUCUGCUGGAGAAGUGGGACUUAGGGGAGUUCGUGGAGUUUGCGAGGGAGAGGAGUUUGGACGGGAGGAAGCUGUUCGAUAUCAGCGAAGGAAUCGUGAAGCUCUGGCGACCAAAAGCAAACGUUAAGAAAUUCAUGACGGUCAUUGAAGAUAUGAAACUGAAUCCAAAGAAAUAUUUGGAAAACAAAGACGAAAACGUAACAAUUGAAAAACUGGAUUUCAGAGAAUCAACAACAACAGACAUACAAACACAAAACACGUGCGACAAACAUGAUAUCGAGAGCCAGUACCAAACCGUUACACACAGACGCAAAGAUGAUAAUGGACAAACUCACUCAAUGAGCACUGUGGAAGAACUAAUCAGAAGAAUAGUUCCAGCCAAGAGCUUUCUAUACAGGAAUCAACAAAAAGCUGAACGAACACCUUCGUACCCGCCUAUGGAUGCUGGCACUCCCAAGAAAAAGAAACUUUUCAGACUCAGCUCAUACGAAUAUCCUUUCUUUGAUAUACGAGCGCGAUUCUCCAGACAAGAAAGUUCAAACGACAGAGGGUACUACGCCAUGAAGAGGAACAGCAGAUAUUACACAGCUAGGUCUUACAAGAAAUCUGACUCCAAAACAAAAUACAAAACUCUAUCAACUCCUGAGGAAUUCAGUGAAAAAUGUCCCGAAGAUCAUUUCUACGAAGACUUGUGUUACAAUGAAGUUGACAAAGAGAAAGAUAAACCAGUAGAACAGAGAGUAGUUAGUGUUAAACCUUGUAUAGUUAAGAUUCAAGAACUGUUUCAGUCGUUCAAAGUGCCGUUUUUUAAGAAGCAUGAAAUGUUAGAAGACUCGGCUAGGAAUAUAGAGAGUGAGAAAUCAUCGAAUAUUUAUGAGAACGACAGUGUUGCUAAUAUGUAUGACUCUGUACAUGUUAUUAGACCUGUUGAAGACGAAGUGAAGAGUCAAUUGAAGAUACCGGUGGAAGAUUACUUAGAGCCAGUGCAGCUGAACAAAGACUAUUGUGACGUGAACUACAAACAGAAGGACGACUCUCUACUGGGAUACAUACUCAGCAUUUUCGAGAACAGAUUCGGGAUCAGAAGAGAAACAAAUGACGAUCAGCCGUCAGAAGAAUCAGAGGCAGGUUCUCAUAAGGCGGAGAGCACACCGAGCGAGGAUGCAGCUCGCAAAUGGCCAGAAUCCCGCAAGUCUGGCGGGACGAACAUGGCUGACAGACCACUCCCUGUGCCCGUGGAGAACGAGCCUUACUACAUGAAUGUGGACAGGGCAGAGGCAAUAAACUUGUUGAAGGGUCAGCCUGAUGGCACGUUUAUACUGAGGCCGUCUAGUCAGCCGGACCACGCCUAUACGUUAAGCGUAGCGUGCUCAAACGCAGUUCACAAUGUCGGUGUUCGUCGGAGACCAGACGGUCGGCUGGCCCUCGGCUUCCCUCGGCGAGGGGAACAGAGCUUUGCAAGCGUGACGUCACUGCUCCGCCAUCAUCGGAAGAGGAGGCUGCUUCUAGUAGCGGGCGGUGACGUCAUUGGAGCUACCACGCUGAAUGAAACUCCUCACUAUUACCAAAGCCCUAGCAGUAUUCCUGUGCCAGUCGCUAAUAAGGAUGGAGCUUGAUGACUGACCUGUCUUGAGGUUAACAUGAAUGAUGGUGUGCCCC